AUGGACCCUUUUGCAGUGAUAUUACUUACUAUCACGAUAUUUACAAUAUGUGGAAUUUGCUUUUUUAUUUUGAUUUGUGCAAUCCAACCAAAACGUUUACAGUAUUUUCAACGAAAGACAAAUAGAACAUAUCAUAUUACAGCGCCUGAAAAAGAACAUGCAACACAUAAUGAUGUUAAUACAAAUAAUAUUGGUUUAAGUACAAAAUCCUUAUCGAAUGAUCUUGAUAAACGAGCUUAUUUAAAAGUUCUAGAAAAAAGUCUACGAACAGGACGAACAAUACAAGAUGAAAUGGAGAAUACAUUGUCUAAUAUUACUAAUGACUCCCAUAUAGAUUUAAUGUAUUUAGUUCGUCGAUACAUAGAUGAACAUUUAUCAUCAACUACAGAUCACAUGUCAACAAAUAUAAAAAUUUGA